AAAAGGGUUUGUUCGCCGCCGGGCUGGGCGGAGGUAGGAGGGUCCCGCGGAGGAUGGAGGACAAACCCCCCACCGGCAUCAAGCCCUACCUGGACAAGCUCACCCUGGGCGUCACAAGGAUCCUGGAGACUUCUCCAGGAGUUGCUGAGGUGACGUUUGUGGAGAAGGAGCCAGCUGAACGCCACACCAUCAUUUCUUGGGAGCAAAAAAACUCAUGCAUAUUGCCAGAGGAUUUAAAGAACUUCUAUCUGAUGACAGAUGGCUUCCAGAUGACCUGGAGUGUGAAGACCGAUGAUACUCCCAUGCCCCUGGGCUCCAUGGUGAUUAACAGCAUCUCCCAGCUGUGUCGGCUUGGGGGCUCCUCCGUGUACACCCUGCCCAAUGCUCCGACCCUCGCCGACCUGGAAGAUGACACGGACGAGGAAGGUAAUGGAGACAAACCAGAGAAGCCACACUUUGAUUCUCGUAGUCUUAUCUUUGAAUUAGAUCCAUGCAAUGGAAAUGGGAAAGUCUGUCUUGUUUAUAAGCAUGCUGAACCAGUUGUCUCCCCAGACACAGAGAUAUGGUUCCUGGACAGAGCUCUGUAUUGGCAUUUCCUCACCAAAACCUUCACAGCCUACUACCGCCUGCUCAUCACCCACCUGGGUCUCCCACAGUGGCAGUACGCCUUCACCAGCUACGGGGUCAGCCCCCAGGCCAAGCAAUGGUUUAACAUGUACAAACCCAUAACCAUCAACACAGCGCUCCUGUCUGAAGAAGCUGAUUCCUUUGUGAACAAGCUGGACCCCAACAAGGUAUUUAAAAGCAAGAACAAAACUCCAAUACUCAAAAAGAAACCACCCUCUCAGCCAGCAGGCUCCCAAAAGAGUCACACGAGCAUGACCUCUGCCAAGACAUCCUCACUAGCUGGGACUACUUCAAGGAAGUGAGAUCCCCAGAUCUGACCCUGGACAGCGUUUGCAAUAAGCUCUGAUGUUCUCUGCUGCAGAGUCUCAGUGAUUCAGACCAUGGUCCUUGUGCAUGAAUAGAUGUGCCCAUGGAAAACAUACUGCAGCAUUUGCAUGAAAUAUAGCCACGAUGUGGAUGUAGAUCCUGGAGAUUCUUAAGAAAAAAACUUGAGACAUUGAUUUUAUUCCCUUGUGCUACUUGCAGCAUGUGUUUUUCAGAGGGCAUGAAGGAGCCCCUGAUGUCACUGCUCUGUAGGGAAGCUUUUGUUCCUGUGCAACUACAGCAGUGAAAUGAAGGCCCAUGUAAGUCACCAUUACUUUAACAGACCAUGCUGAAGUAGAGGUAUGAAGAUGUUUCUGCCAAGUGCUCUGAAAGAAACCUGUCCUGACCUUGCAUGCUGUAGGAGCAGGCUGGAACCUGAUGAACAAAGAAAUAACUUCCACUUCAGAUAAAAUCAGACUCUGUACUUCCCUUUUCUCCUUCCAACUUCUGCUCUGAGAUUCAUGGUACAAGGGGACCUGGGACUUUGGUGUCUCUGCACUGUCCUAGCUACUUGCUCUCCCCAGCGGAGACCACCUUUUAGCCUUCACACUCUAUCUUUUCAGACAGUGACAUAGAAUCAUAGAAUCAUAAAAUCAACCGGGUUGGAAAA